AAUGGAAAAUACGACUAAUACACACAAAUACACCAUACGCCCUUUUUACAGUGUUGCUCAUUGUACUUUUUUGACUUUAAUUAAUUUUAGAUUGAAACUCUGAAUUGAGCAGAAAUUACAGAAACAAUUGUGGCAGUUUAAAGGGUUUGUGCAGAUUUGAUGAAGCCAAAUUUAAGACUUCAAGACCUUUUUAAGACCAAGUAAGGAAUAAAUCGAAGGGAACACAAUAUGUCAAAAUGUUCUCUUAUAAUGUACAUGUCUGGGGAGUUUUCCAGUGCAAAUGUCUGAAGAAUCUUAAUUCAAAAUACGUUUACUUAAAAUGCAAAAUGACUUAAGAAGAAAUCAGAAAGACUCAUAAAUCUAUGGAAAGCCCGUUUUAGCUACUUAAUAAAAAAAUAAAACAAAAUAAUGGCAGGUUUAUAUCUGACAAUUCAGACUUUUUUCUGGCAAUUGCAAAAUGACUGAGAAACUGAUCAAAAUAAAACAAGAACAAAUAUCUGCCAAAAUCAACUUAUUAGCUUUAUUCGCCGAGUGUGCGCCGCAGACACACAAGGAAUUUGUUGUGGUUUUUAAGGUGCUUUUGGUGCAUAUCUGACAUGAGAACAGAAAACAUUUCAGACUUAACACUAAAUAAUAAUAACGUGUAUGAAUCUGGAACAGAAGAUUUAUGUACAGACUUGUGCAUAGAGAAAACAAAGAAUUCAAAGAGAAAAGUUUUCACACAUUGAUAGAUAUUUGUGCUUGUUUUAAGCUUAAACUCACUUUAUUUCGAGAUAUUUUACAUGGAGUUUAUCUUCAUUUAAUGCUUUGAUGUUUAGAUACGGGAUGAGGAAGAUAUUCAUGCUUUGCAACAUUCAAUGACUUAAUGACUCUACUGCACUGAUUUAAUACUUUUUAAGGCCUUAAUUUGUGGAAGAAGGAAUCAAGACUUUUUAAGAGCCGCAGAAACGAUGUUGCUGUAACUUAUUGAUGGAUUCAUUUGCAACACAAUCGCAAUCCUUCACUCAAAACAUUAGUUAUGCUACACAUGUUGAUCCAAGAUGUUUUAAUGUGUUUCACCAGCACCACGGUUUCGAUUAGCAUUCGUGUGUGAUUAAUACCCUCCCAUCCACUUGAUUUAGGAUUCAUCACCGUUUUCUGUCAGAAAUCCUGUGUGGAGAAUGUCAGUCAGUUCCUCCCUUCAGCAGAGAACCAAGACGCAAGGAGCGGAUCCGGAUGACAGCGGGGAUGACUGGGAGAUCGGCGUUGGGAAUCUGAUCAUCGACCUGGACGCGGAUUUGGAGAAGGAUCGACAGAGAUUGGAGAUGAAUCGCGUUUUGAGCGUUAAAAGCGCGGCGGAAGGUCGCGAAGCGCUGGAAUACAAUUGCGCAAACGCAGGAGGCGCCGCGUUCGACGGCCUGACGCAGCCGUUCCUCUGCAAAGAGCCCAAGAAAUUCAAGCUGAAACGAAGGAAUUCCGUCACGGACACGGAAAGAUUCCCGUCGCUGGAGAUUGCUAGCGGCAUUCCCAAAGCAUGCGUCGGUAAGCGGCGCGAGGCUCAAGGACGCGGCGGAGAGAUGAAUUCAGCACCAGCGCCGGUGGACAGCGACGAACCGGCGCCGCUCGGCAGAACCAAAGACGGCAAAAAGGGCAAAAACCAGAGCAAAGGAGUGAAAAGAGAGAAAGACUCGGCUAAGACGCGGAAGGAGAAGCCAAGCGAUGAAUUUGGCCCGCUUUCGGAGAACGGAACGGAGAAUCUCAUCGGUAGGGGCGGAAUGGACGCGGCUAUUGUUGACCACACAAACACCGAGGAGCACAGCCUAAGAACGUUGAAUGUUAAGACGCGGUCAGUUGGAACUAACACACAGGAAGCCGAGAAAGCCUUCGAGUCCAGCUACAUGGAGCCAUGUCAACCAGGAACGAGUGUCAAUCUAGAGGGUAUUGUGUGGCAUGAGACGGAGGAAGGGGUUCUAGUUGUGAAUGUCACAUGGAGGAAAAGGACCUAUGUGGGCACUCUCUUGGACUGUACCAAGCAUGACUGGGCUCCACCACGGUUUUGUGAAUCACCAAUGAGUGACUCUGAAAUUCCUUAUGCACGUGGACGUGGUAAACGGAUGCGGCUGGCCAUACCAGAUCAACCAGCUGCAGACCCGAGUCUUUCCAAGAUACGAGGGCUAACUCACAAGAGGCGCGGUGUGGGAAUCGGCAACAAAGGAAGACGAGGGAGUCUGAACCUCAGUGGCUGUAGGACACCUGGAUACUACGCCGUGGAGGACAUCAAAUCCAAUCCACUUAUGUGUGGAAAACGAAAAGGCAAAGCCCCAGCCGAUCUAGAUUUAAGCUUGGUCUCGGAGGACAUUAGGAAUGGGAAUGGGAAAAGGAUACGAGCCAAAUCCAGGAGCGCUCCUUCCACCCCUCAGGGUAAAUCCGACCCUGUGUUUCUUGAUCAAGUUUGUGCGUCGCCAAUGCUAAUAGACUGUCCGCAUCCGAACUGCAACAAGAAGUACAAACAUAUCAAUGGGCUCCGUUACCACCAGUCACACGCUCACCUGAACAGUGACAGAAAGCAAGAGUUUGAGGUGGAGAGCGAGGACAGACUUUCAGAUUUUGAUGAAGCACUCAGCUCGGUACCUUUUGAUUCUUCUGAGAAUAUCAUCUCCAAGAAGCCCAGAAGCAUGUAUAAACUAAAUGCAGUCGGUUCUCCAAAGAGCAGGAAAGCAUUGCUCAACAAUGAUAGCAGUCCCAUAGCCAAUGCAAAACUACGCCCGAAUGUGGCAAGUAAAGACGGAUCAAUUGACGAUCUGAGCAACCUCCCACUCAUUUCCAACAUGUCCGUUGUCCUUGAGAACUGCCUCAUGACGGACCGUAACACAUCUGUUGAGAUGCCUAAGCUAGAAGCGGAGGGUGCUAUUGAUAAGAGGGACAUAUGUAGCAAAGUUAAGAAAGAAGGGUUCACUGAGAGAUGCUUAGCCAAGUCUCGAACCAACAGACUCGUCAACACUGCGCCUGCUCCUCCGAAGCUGACUGCUAUUCCUCCUGCUGCAUUUUCCACUAAAAUCACAGAAGUUUCCUCUCAUCAGGCCUCUCCGACUGUUGCCCUCACAAAAACCAAGAACCUCUCACUGAAACCCAUCAAGCCAAAGCUGGAAGUUAUUGCACAAGUUAACAUGGCCAACACCACCGCAGUCCUCAGCAAAGACAGUAAGAGAAAGGAAAAGCAUCGAUUAAAGGACAGGAAUUGUAAAGAUCCCCGGAGUCCCAAAAGUGACCCGAUUUACACAAAAGCGGACGAUACAAAGAGUAUUGGGAAAGACUUUCCUGUGAGCCUCUUGAAAGAGCACUUGAGCAAGCAAGAUGUUGUAAACGGUCCAAGCGAAACGCAAGAAAGCCGCAUGGCGAGUAUCAGAGCAGAGGCCGACAAGGUGUACACCUUCUCGGACAAUGCACCGAGUCCUUCCAUCGGGAGCUCUGCAAGAACGGACUGCGCCCCUCUUACAAACGGAGAUGGGGCGAGUGCUAAAACAAACAGUCCUGCAUACUCUGACAUAUCUGAUGCAGCUGAGGACGGUGGGUCAAACUCAAGGUCCAGAAGGAACUCGACACAAGAUUCAAACUCAAACAGCAACAUCAAUCCCAAAAUUCCCUCAAUGAGUACCGCUCCCACGGUGACCCCAGGAAAAGAGGUCCAGUCCACAUCUCACGGCCAUGGUUAUGAAUCCCAUUGCAUCCCAGGUUACUUGCAUUCUGGGCAAGCCAAUUCCACUUCGUUCCAUAAGGUGGCCUCACCUUAUGGUCGGACGAAGGAUGAUUUGAGAGAUUUAAAUGAGGAUAUAAAAAGCUCAGAAUCCUCUGGCCACUCAAGUUCCCAAUCACAGCUUCAGUACGCUGAAACGCACACAGCACUGGCCCAGUCUUUGUACUAUGGACAGUACAGCCGGGGUGUUUCCAUGGACCAGAAGGUUCUAAUGAUGCCCAGCACCCACAGACCGCUCAGUGAGGCAUGCUGUGAGGAUAUGCAGUAUAGCAAGAGUAGAGGUCAAGUUAGACGAGGCUCUGAGCAAAAGGAACGAACAAAGGAUGAGCAAAAACAAUUUAUAAGCUCUCCUCAGUCGAUUCAUAAAGGGGCGAACUCUGUUAAGAUUAACUGUGCAAAACCUGGCUUCAUCUAUGUGGAUUUGGACAAGCAGCUGUCGUUUCAGCAGCAGCAGCAACAGGGGAAAACGUCCCAUAUCUCCAUGUCAAAAGAACAAGGGGUCCUCAAGGAAUCUGAAGACCUCAGUUUGGAGAGUUCAAACUCAAAAGCAAAUGUGGACACAAAUGUAACAUUUCUAAAUGCUUCAGAAUCUCAGUCCUGGAGCCACUCUUAUCAGUCCAAAUAUGUGAAGCAGCAAAAUCAAGAGGUCAACAAGAUCUCUGAGGAAAUGAGUCUGAGUCCAGACAAGGGGAAAGAUUGGCACAUGCCUCUAGAGCCCGAGUCCAGGCUGGAGGCUGAACUCCAGAACGUCAAGUGUGAGACGGCUGCCGAGGUCAUCGAGGAAAGUACCAGACUGGAGGGGGAUGAGAUAGUGAGUGAGACGUCUGAAGACUCACAGAAUGCAAGAGGGGCUGCGUCAUCACCCCAGCAAUCCUUCAUCCAGUUUCAGCACUCCUACCCCUAUUUACACCUGUGUGAGACGAGCAGCAAUGCUUACAGAGUGAUGUCUCCAGCUCUGGUGCAUAAUUACCCAGGUUUCCAUUACCCUCUGUAUGGAAAAACGGCAGGGAGAGAGGAUUCAGAAGGGGCUCAAAGCAGCAAACCAGUGACAGAUUCGACAGCAUUAGAGCUUCUGUCGCAUCCUCUCCUGCCGUAUCAUGGCAAAUCUCCAGUUCCUGGAGAAAGAGGAUCUCCAGAGCAGGAACGCGAGACUGAACGGGAGAGAGAAUCGGUUCCCUUCAGCCGCCACCUUCAGGCGCAUCAUCUCACUCACCUGGGCAUGAGCUACACGCUGGUGUCUGGCCAGUAUGACCCCUUUCAAGGUUUGAGCUCUGCGGCAAUGGUUGCAAACCAGCAAGUGACGACGACACAGACCUGCUCCAGCGGUGAGAAAACAAAUGCAAUUAUCUCUGCAAUAAAAUACACUCCUGUAGCUCAAACAGUAGAUCAUGGCACUAGGUCACGGGUUCGAUUCCCAGGGAAUGCAUCAGGGUUGCCAAGUCGGUUUUUCAGCAGAUUUGUGCUACUUUUACACCGUUGCCGUGGGUUGUUUUUUUAGUGCACGGUAGGGCUGUUAAAAUGGAUGGAAAACUAAAUUCGAAUUUUGUACUUAAAUAUUAUCAAUAUUUGAAAUUAAAAGGCAUAAUUUCAGUUGGAAGCUUUUGGCUUCUCUCCUGAGGCCACACUAGGGUGCAUCAAGCAAAAUAUUACUAAUGCACGUCUCUUCAAAGCAAUAAAAUAACACAACUAUCUUUGAAAAAAGUGCAUAAUGUUUUGUUUAUAAACCAUAUAUAUAAUUAAGUUGCAAUUAGAAACAAAACAGCAUUAUAGUUUAAUACAAAGGACCGAAAACUAAUCACAAAGAGUACUUUUUUCAUUUAAAAACAUGAGAUGCAGCGGGAUGGGAAAAACCGCCAUAAAGUCUCGAGACAUGUUUUUUAAAAGUUAAACUUGCAUUAAUUUUACAUGGCUUUCUAAACAUGCAGAUCUCUUGUGCGAGACGCGAGUGCAACGGUGAUAGAUGUCCCUCUAAAAAAUGCCAUAAAUAUGCGUUCUGUGUGAACGGCUUGGUUUCAGUUUUUGCCAUAAACAAGAUUGUUCUCUUUUUCCGCAAUAUUUUGAAUGAACAGCGCAGCAGCGCCGCAUCUAGUGGGUUUCACUGCAUAGGCUAAAAAAAAAAAGCAUUAAAAUGCAACGACACUUACAUUGUCAUCACAUCUUGUGUGCCACUGAUAAGGCUGCCUGAUGCACACCUAAAAUUUGAAUGCAACUUUUUGCAUUCUAAUGUGGAUUUUUAUUUUAAAUUCGACGAAUAUUCGAAAUUUGAAGUUUUUUCUUUUUUUGACAGCCCUAGUGCAUGGGUUAAAGUAAUCCCACCCCAAGGAAUGGUAAUUCAACUGAAUGGAAAUUCAUAAACCGCGGAAAAAACAUGGUUGGGCUAGUUUUGAAUAGCAAUUGGGCUGGCUGUGUUUCACAGACCUGGCAACCCUAGAAUGCAUGCAUUACAUGCACCACGCAGAUGUAAUGCAACGCAAGUCGCUUUGAAUAAAGGCGUCUAACUGAUUGAUUGAACUGAAGCAGUUUCAACAUUUUUAGAGUGGUAUUUUAAUUAAAAAAUUAUUUAUACAUCAUUCAUGGAGUGUUGGAUGCACAUCUAACUUUUUUAAAUGUUACUACUUGUUUCAGAACGAAGAAUGUACAGAAGGUUUGCAAAAAUUAUCACUUGAAAUGUUUGCUUAAAGUUCCUAUAACGUUUAAUUGUAUAAUUGGACAUUUGAGAACAUUCAUAGAUAAAAUUGUCAUAACUCACUGGGAACAUUAGCAAAACGCUCUUAGAACAUAUUUUUGAACACCUUGGAAUAUCUUACUGUCUGUUUAAUCUGCAGAAAACGACGGAAAGAUGUGAGAUGUUCCCGAAUCACACAAGGAUUCACAGACAUCAAUUCCAUGGUGUUACUCAUCGCCUCCAUUGGAGGCAGCGACUAAUUUCAUUUCUAACCAAUGAAUGUACUAACGGAGGACUGCAGUGGAACUAGACCUGAAAAACAUUUCCUUCGGGUGCCAGUUACAAACAAGGUCUGCGUAAACCCUCUGGUCAUUGGAUUUUGCUUGUAAAUGGCUACAUCUAGCUGUUUGUAUGCACUUAUAUUGUCUUGUAACCAUACUAUUGAAUGUAUUUGCUAUUUCAUCACCUCUGUGUGGUAAAGGACGGGUUGCAAUAGAUUCUAAGUGACUGUAAGGUGGCUCGCUCCGCAUUGACUUAUUAACAUGAAUAUACUGGUAUUAACAGCCAUUAAUCUAUUGUAUCGUAUAAAGUGGAUGUUAAUCGACAGUUCAUCUCAGUGCCAUACAGUAUUAUCGUGAUGUACAUAGUUGUACAUAGUUGAACGAAGCUCAACAGCGACUAUAACUAGCUUAUGUACCUUUGUAUUGAUUCAGUGCAAUGUAUGGUUGUCCACCCACCUCACCUAAACGGCAGACAUAGUCCUUUGUUACUUCAAUAGUAUGCAUACCUAAAUAUGUUUACAAGUGGUUUUCUGGACAGAAAGUCAAUGGUGUAGGUUGGUUGAGUCCCGUCAUUAGGUUUUUCUUGAUGUCUGCUAUAUCAUCAAACUGCAGUUGCUUUUUAUACUGUCUCUGCCUUAACAUGUUUGGCAAUCCAAAUAAAAAGUCAAGGUUGUUUUUA